AAUUCCUACCACAGCGAUUGUUCAGCUGACACUAUAGCGGUUCAUCUAAGUGACGUGGGAAACAGACAACUCUUUACAAAAACGGGAUACUACAAGGGCGCUAUUUUAGCCAUCAAACCUAUUCCACGAGCUCACAUCAGCAUACAGAAACCAUUACUGUUGGAAAUCAAAAAGAUGAAAGAUCUACAGAACGACCACCUGGUCAGAUUUCACGGUGUAUGUAUAGAUGUCCCCAACCAGUGCAUUCUGACAGAGUACUGUCCUAAAGGUAGUUUACAGGAUGUCUUGGAGAAUGAACAAUUAAAGUUGGACUGGAUGUUUAGAUAUUCAAUCAUGCAAGACAUUGUCAGGGGAAUGACAUACCUUCAUAGUACAGACAUCAAAAGUCAUGGUCACCUCAAGUCCAGCAACUGUGUAGUGGACAGCAGAUUUGUGGUCAAGAUAACAGAUUUUGGUCUACACUACUUUAGAGAGAAAGAGGAGGAGAUAGAAGAUAAUAUUUAUGCCAUAGAGAGAAGCAGACUAUGGACAGCGCCAGAGCUGUUACGGAUGACCAAUCCACCUGCAGGGGGGACUCAGAAAGGUGAUGUCUACAGUUUUGCUAUCAUCUGCCAGGAGAUUGUGUACAGAUCAGGUGUUUUUUACCUGAGGAAUUUGGAGCUCUCCCCUAAUGAAAUUACAGACAAACUAAAGAAAGGAAUAAAGCCAUUUUUUAGGCCAACUCUGGAGGAGUUUGACUGUCCAAAUGACGAACUGGCAGGUGUGAUCAGAAGAUGUUGGGCUGAGGACCCAGCAGAGAGGCCAGAUUUUCAACAGCUGCGAACUGUCAUCAAAAAAAUGAACAAAGACGGGGACAAAGGUGACAUCCUAGACAACCUACUGUCCAGAAUGGAGCAGUAUGCCAACAACUUGGAGGCGCUGGUCGAGGAGAGGACAUCAGAUUAUCUCCAGGAGAAAAAAAAAGCUGAAGAGCUCCUGUACAACAUGCUGCCCAAAUUUGUGGCCUCACAACUGAUACGUGGUGAGACGGUGUCAGCCGAAUGGUAUGACGGUGUCACCAUCUACUUCAGUGACAUCUGCGGGUUCACUGCCAUGUCAGCUGAGAGUACACCAAUGCAGGUUGUUGAUUUACUAAAUGACCUGUACACCUGUUUUGAUUCAAUUAUUGAAAAUUUUGAUGUCUAUAAGGUGGAGACAAUCGGUGACGCCUACAUGGUGGUGUCUGGCCUGCCGGUCAAGAACGGCAACCUUCACGCCAGAGAGAUUGCCAGGAUGUCCUUGGCUUUGCUACAUAAUGUAUUUAAAUUCAAGAUUAGACACAGGCCAGGUGACCAGCUCAAGUUGAGGAUUGGCAUGCACAGUGGUCCUGUGUGUGCAGGAGUCGUGGGUCUCAAGAUGCCGAGGUACUGUCUCUUUGGUGACACUGUUAACACAUCCUCAAGAAUGGAGUCUAAUGGAAUGCCACUCAGGAUUCAUGUGAGCCCUGACACCCAAGAGCUACUAACACAGUUUGGUACUUUUAUCCUGGAGAAGAGAGGUGCUGUUGAGAUGAAGGGUAAAGGUGCCAUUACAACCUACUGGCUCCUCGGAGAAAAGGACUCACCAUACAAUAUCCAACAGCAGGGAUGCAACCAGCCGGCGCAGUCGGCGCCCCCCGAAUCCGCGGAUAAAAGUUCAUCCCCAUCCAAACAUUGACGGCGCUGCCCUCGCUUAGAAAUUUGGUUGCUGAUUUGACCUCACUGGACUCACUCUUCUAGCACUGCCCUGUUUUUUUUUCUCCUCCCCCCUAACCUUGACUGUGAGGGGUUGACUGGCAUAGUUUUGGCCAGGUUAGUCAGGGGUUUAACUAAGGGCGAUUCUUGAAUAUAGAUUUAAAUAUCAUGCAGCAAGAUUGUAUUAUAAACAUGAAAAACCUGUCUGUGUUUGCAAAAUUUAGGUAAAUGAACUGAAAAGUAAAUUUUUAUUUUAAUUUGUUGAGAAAUAACAAUAGGGCCUACUUGGUAACCAUUUUAGCCAUUUUUUAAAUUAUAAUAUUAAAUUUUUUAAUUCCAAAUUUAAUUUUAUAGCGUUCGUGAAGAAUACACCCAAAAUACAAUACAAAAUUAUUACUUUUUAAUCAAAAGAUAUACAGUUUUUUUCACAUCUUUUUUCCAGUUAAGGUACAAUAUUGUUUGCUUAUGAUUAUAUUUUCCAAAGAUUUAUACCAAAUUAAAAUUCAGUAUUCCAUGAAUGAUUUUUUUUUUCACUUACCCAUGUUUAAGUUAAACUGUUAUGGGCUAAAUGAAUGCAUAAGAUUAUAAAAAAAUUACUUUGCCAUAAGGAGAGCUUUUCAAAUGUCACUUUCCCUGUGAUUUAUUUAAAAAAACAUGGAUUGGAAAUAUAUUGUAGAUACAAAUAAAUGUGAAACAUGAAAUGGUAGUUAAUGUUGAAAAACAAAUGUGUGAGAUCAAAUGUCAUUUUUCAUUUACCCACAAAUUUAGUUAUUCACUUUUCUCCAAUGAUGUUAAAUACAAAUGCACAUAUCAUACCUAAUUAUUACUAGAUUUUGGCUUUUAUUUACUUUCUUUAAUAUAACAUGUUUUCCUGUUAAGUUCCAUUUAUUAACCUUUAAUUUUUAUAUGGAUGUUUACAUACAUACAUUUUUUUUUUGACAAUGUGCAUUAGCUAGCAAUUGUGUAUGCACUGGUGAACAAUGAAUGGAUUUUAUGUUAACGGUGCCUUCAGUAUAAGAUGGCUUUUAGAUUCCCGUAAAAAAUUUAAAUAUUCUGGCUCUGUGUUUUUUAUUCCUUUAAAAAUACAUUUAAUUUUUUUGAAAAUGGCUAGUACAAUCCGAUAAAAUAAAUGGAUAAAAAUAUAUUUAAUAUACUGGAUAUGACAUUAUGAUUCAGAUAGAAAAAAAAUUUAACUUCUGGAAAUUAGGAUGGCUGUUUGUUUUAGAUUAUUCUGACAAUUAAAAUAGAUGUUAGAUUUCCAUUUAUAUAUUCUGACCGUGGUUAAUAAUUCCUGUUUUUUUUUAAAAAUAAAAUUACAUUAGAGGGGAAUUUUUUUAUUCCAAUUUUUAGACUACACUUUUUUAAAUCAAUUAAAACUGUAAAAUGUAAUUGUAAUAAUUUUGAAAACAGCUUUACAGAAUUUCUAAGCUUUCCACCAUACACACCAAACUGUCACCAAAUAUUGUAUAUUGUACACAUUUUCAUGCACAGAAUUAAGUUUGUCUAAAUUUGAUAAAAGCUGCACUCCAACCAAUGUAGUAUAAAAAGUUACUGUUAACUUUGGUUGAAUUUAUCUGGUUCUCGUUUAGAAAAUAUGCACAAAAACAUAUUUAAAAGUUUAUUCUUGAACUAUUUGAAUAAAUAAUUGAGGAUUAACUCUUUUAUGGCUUACUUUUAAAAACAAAAAAAAACUAGCUAGGUUUAUUUUAAACAUGUUUAUAAGCUGAGCACACAACUUUUGUUGUAAAUGUUAGUUUUUAGUGCAGAACUGACACAAAUAAUUGUAUAUUUUAAACAACCCUUUGUGAAUAGUUCCUAAGGAAGAAGAUUAAAUCGAUUCCCACUCAUCAUGUACUGUGAUAUGGAAGUUACAUUAUGUAAUUUGUAAAAAAAUGAGAUAAAUAUUUAACUGGGAUUUUUUAACUUUUAUUUUAUUGGAUUAUCAUGUUGAUGUAGUUGUAUUUUCAUUGCAAAAUUUACUUGGUGUAAUUUUAUUGUGACACAUUUUUAACAGUUAUGUCCCUUGACUGAGUGAAUGAAGGUGAUGUCCCUUGGCUUAGGUAACCUGACCUGUACACAAAUAUUUGAAAACUUUACUGUAAAAGAAUUCUUAAGUCUUACCUGCUAGGUAAAAGAAUUCUUA